UCUUUUUUCCCGAAGCCAUUCUUUGCCUUAUUUACAUCGCGUGCUAGUGCCGGUAGGCGAAAACAGCUACGGCGUCCUGCGUACUUCAGACGCGUACCUCCCAAUGUCAGGGAAUGGAAACGACGUUCUAUGAGGAUUCCAGAUAUCGCGGAAAAGAGGAGAUUCGCGGGAUGAAGCGACCGAUGACACUCGAUCUGAGCGAGGGCAAGAGCAGCAAGAAGCCGAGAGGGGUGACGACGCUGCUCACCUCGCCCGACCUCAACAUGCUCAAGCUGGGAUCACCCGAGCUGGAGAAGCUCAUCAUGGCCCAGCAUGGACUUAUGUCGGCCCAGCCUGCACCCAGCCAGUGCAUGUAUCCCAAAAACGACGACAGGGAUCCGUACGCGAGGGAUUUUCCAGAAGCCCUGUCCAGCCUCCUGCCCCACGCCAACGCUUCCAACAGCGUCAACAUGUACCAGCAACCCCAGGCCAUCCAGUCCGACAUCAACAUCGCAGCUGUCACCAACUGCAACAUCAUGCCGCCCUCUUCCUUACCGUGCUCGACUCCGUCCAUGGUGGACUCGUACGGUUACCAGCAGCCCCUGUCCACCAUCAAUGUGAACUGCAAUCCUAUGGUUUCGUCCACCAUGAGCUCGAAUUGCUACGCCCCCGUCAGCAAUGGUUAUUACAACCUGGAGCCCAUCGUUUCCAUAAAGGAGGAGCCGCAAACAGUUCCCUGCAUGGGCAACUCUCCUCCGCAAUCCCCCAUAGACUUGGAAGACCAGGAGCGCUUGAAGUUGGAGAGGAAGCGUUUGAGGAAUCGAAUAGCGGCCAGUAAGUGUCGGAGAAGGAAAUUGGAGAGGAUAGCGAGGCUCGAAGACAAAGUUGCGCACUUGAAAAAUGAAAAUAACGAACUAAGCAAUCAUGUGACUAGACUGAGAGAACACGUAUGCCAGUUAAAACAACAAGUUAUGGACCAUGUUCGAUCUGGGUGUGAAAUUUUAAUGUCCUCAUAUCCAUCCUAUCCUGAAGAUUUGUAA